AGCUGGUGAGCUGGUGGGCUGGUGGGCUGGUGAGCUGGUGAGCUGGUGGGCUGGUGAGCUGGUGAGCGAUGGUGCUGCGGGUGGACGAGAUGAUGGAGGUGGUGUCGACGCUGGCUCGCCAGCGCGGGGUGCAAGUGGCGCUUAGCCAGGCCGGCAAGGGCGCCAUCGUCACGGGCGGCAUCGCUCUGCUGGGAGGACUCAUCGCCGGUCCCGUGGGCAUCGCCGCCGGUGGCGCUCUGGGCGGCCUGGUGGGCAUGGCGGUGACCCGCGGGACCUUCCGCCCGCUGCACGAGGUCCUGGCCGAGCUCCCCGAGCCGGAGCGCCGGCGGCUCGCCGAGGCGGCGGCCGGCGCCGUGGGCGGCCUGGAGUGGAGCGACGCGGCACAGCUGCUAGCGCUGCUCGCCGCACGGGCACCACCGGAGACCUUGGGGCCGCCGUGUUGGGCGCCGUGCUGGAGCAGCUGACGGGGCGGCUCGGGGCCCAGGUGGAGAGCUACCCGGACUGACGGGGGCGGGCAGGGGUGGACGUCGGGGGGACGUCGGGAGGACGUCGGGGGCGGACGUUGGGGGGGACGUCGGGGGGACGUCGGGCGGGUGAAUGUCGUCGUCGCUGGAGCAGGCUGCUAGGACGAGGGUCUGGAGAUUGGUGGAGAGCCAUUGCUGCUGUGUGGUGGUGGUGGUGGUCGUGGUGGUCGUGGUGGUGGUGGUGGUCG